UUGCGGGAGCAUGGCAGAAGCGGAGUUACACACCUUCACCUCGAUCAUGGACGCGCUGGUUCGCAUCAGUUCCAACAUGAAGAGCAUGGAGCGGGAGCUGCACUGCCCGGUGUGUGACGAGAUGGUGAAGCAGCCCAUCCUCCUGCCGUGCCAGCACAGUGUGUGUCUGCUGUGUGCAGCCGACGUGUUGGUUCAGAGAGGCUACCCUCCCCCGGAUCUGCCCCCGGAGCCCCACUCGCCAGCCUCCACGCCCAACACUCGGUCCCCACGAGGGCCACGGAGGCCCAUGCCCCGGACGCCCGACCGCCUGGAUCACGUCCUCAGAACAGUGUGCGGGACCUACCCGGGCCGGCGGCGGAGAGAGGCGGCCCCUCCCCCCAUGCUCUUCCCGUGUCCUUCCUGUCAGCAGGAUGUGGAGCUGGGAGAGAAAGGCUUGACAGACUGCCUACGCAACCUCACUCUGGAGCGCAUUGUGGAGCGCUACAGGCACACAUUGAGUCUGGGCAGCGUGGCCAUCAUGUGUGGUUUCUGUAAGCCUCCUCAGUCUCUGGAGGCCACCAAGGGCUGCGCGGACUGCAAGUCCAACUUCUGCAACGAGUGCUUUAAGCUGUACCACCCCUGGGGAACGCCGCGCGCUCAGCACGAGCACAUUCUACCCACCAACAACUUCAGGCCAAAGGUGCUGACGUGCACGGAUCACGACCAGGAGAAGCUGCAGUGGUACUGCCGGAACUGCCAGAGGCUACUCUGCCAGCUCUGUAAACUCCGUCGUGUUCACCACGGCCACAAGGUUCUGCCCAUAGCACAGGCCUACCAGGCCCUCAAGGAGAAGAUUACCAAGGAAGUCAAUUACAUCCUGGCCAAUCAAGGGACAAUUCAGAGUCAGAUCAGUCAGCUGGAAGGUGCCAUCAAACUCAUGGAGGCCAACAGCACCGUGGCUCUGCAGCACAUGACUCACUGUAUUCAAGAUCUUGGAGCAGCAAUAGCCGAGCGUCAGGGGACUUUGGCCCUGGCCCUGGAGGGAUCGCGCAGCCGGAGGGAGGAGGCCCUGUCCGCUCAGGCCUUCGAAAGGCAGGGGCUGCUGGAGCAUGAAGGGCUGAUGGCCUACACUCAGGAGCUGCUCAAAGAAACCGAUCCGCCCUGCUUUGUGCAGGCAUCCAGAGUAACACACAGCAGGCUGGUGAAGGCGAUAGAAAACCUCCAGUGUUUCUCUCUGGCCGCCGAUCCUUCCUUUGGACGCUUUCACUUAGAUGCGUCUAAAGAGGUGAAGCUCAUCAGCAGCAUGAAGUUCAUACAAGCCCCGGUGGCUCCGGUCAUCGACACCCAGAAGACCCUCGCUUACGACCAGCUGUUCCUGUGCUGGCGCCUCCCUCAGGAUUCGGCUCCGGCUUGGCACUUCUCCGUGGAGUACCAGCGGCGAGCGGGAGGCGCCGCAGCCACGUGGGGCGGCGCCGGCUCCCCCACCUCCUCCACGGCGUGGCAGCGGCAGGACGACGUGAAGGGGACCAGCGCCGUGAUCGACCGGCUGCAGAUGGACAGCGUGUAUGUGCUCAGAGUGAGGGGCUGCAACAAAGCCGGGUUCGGAGAAUACAGCGAGGAGGUUUUCCUCCACACGCCGCCAGCUCCCGUCUUGAGUUUUUCCCUGGACUCUCGCUGGGGUUUGCACGCUGACCGCUUGGCGCUGGGCAGAGGCCAGACUUACGCCCGCAGCGUGCCGGGCCUCUCCCUGCUGCAGGCCGCCGAUCGCACGCUCACGUCCUGUCACCUGACCUCUGACCUGCUGGUGGCGGACUUGGCCGUCGCUCAGGGCCGACACUACUGGGCCUGUUCUGUGGAGCCCGGCUCCUAUUUGGUAAAGGUUGGAGUCGGGCAGGAGGCUAAGCUACAGGAGUGGUUUCAUCUCCCCCAAGACAUGGCCAGCCCUCGCUGCGACCCAGACAGCGGCCAUGACAGUGGGGCAGAGGACAGCCAGGACUCGCCCCCCUUCUGCUUCCUCACCAUGGGCAUGGGCAAGAUCCUGCUCCCCCAGGGACACGGCCACACUCAGAGCCAGGCGGACAGUCAGAGCCAGGCCGGACUGCACUCCCACAGCAGCAGCCACGGCCACCUUCCCCACCCCCCCACCGCCCCGCUGCCCCCUCGGCUGGGGGUGUGCCUGGACUGUGACAAAGGACGAGUCACCUUCUACGAUGCUCACUCUUUGCGUGUCUUGUGGGAGGGGCAGGUGGACUGUUCUGCCCCCGUCUGUCCGGCCUUUUGCUUCAUCGGCGGCGGAGCCCUGCAGCUGCAGGACCUCGUAGCCAAUCGGAGCAUCGAGGAGCCGCCGCCGCGGAGGGUGACCAUCCAGACACGGGCUACUAAUCUCAGUAAAUAA